AUUUUAUCAUUCGGUCACGUCCGAGUGAGAUGGAAUAUAACCUUAAAAUUAACAAUAUUUUGUUUCGAAGAAAACUGGAAACAGUACCUAUCCUUGCCUUCACAAGAUAAACAACAUUGUGGCUUGCAAUAUUAGUAAUUCCUAAUUGUCUUAAAAUAAGAAACAAUGCAUUUCCAGUAAUUAUUUGAAGAAGCAUUAUAGCAGAAAAGUUGGUGGAAAAUUAUGUUAUUUUGCCCAACGUGUGCGAACUUACUUAUGGUAGAAGAGGCUCCCGAAUCUGGCCUCAGAUACGCCUGCAACACGUGUCCUUAUAUCUACAGUAUUACAUGUAAGGUGACUUCGCGCACAUACCCAAAAUUAAAGGAACUAGAUUAUAUUAUGGGUGGUGCUGCCGCUUGGGAGAACGUAGACUCAACUGACGCGGUAUGCCCUAAAUGUGGUAACGGUAGGGCAUUUUUCAUGCAACUACAGACUAGGUCUGCUGAUGAACCGAUGACUACUUUCUACCGUUGCUGCAACCACAAAUGUGCUCAUAAUUGGCGUGAUUAAUUAGUUUCAAAGUUCUUUGUACAUUUAUUAAUUGUAUAGAGUAUGAACUUAUUAAGAAACUCAAGUUUCCGUUACAUAGUGAGAUAUAAAAGUACAUCACCAAAAAUGAAGAUCAAAAAGAUGGCACCGGUAUACCUAUGCUC